UGCUCGGCCCUGUUUUCCUACCAGUGACCGGCUGUGGCCAGGGAGUUAGGGGCCACGGCCUUAAGGAACCCCUCCCCGUGCCACCCCCUUCCUGGGGCCAUCGCCCGUCUGGUUUGGAGACCGGGCCCAGAAAGAUGAGCCACGAGGGAGAUCCAAGAUUCCGGAAUCCCCCCAAACUCUGCUCGGUCCCACGGAAUAGACAAUGGGGCCCAAUAAAGGGGCCCAAUGGGGCAUGAAGAGAGGAAGAGAGACCUGGGCCUAGGGCUUGGGGAAUCACGGGAAUGGCGAUGGAGGCAGAGUGUAGAGGCUGGGACAGUGUCGGGGCCCCCUCUGUGGCCCCUCUGCUGAGAUUCUGCAACGGCAGGCAGGCCAGCACCUCAGCGAUGCCUUUGCCCAGGUGAAUCCCCUGAAGAAAGUGCCGGCCUUGAAGGACGGGGACUUCACCUUGACUGAGAGUGUGGCCAUCCUUCUCUACCUGGCUCGAAAGUAUGAGGCCCCUGACCACUGGUACCCCCAGGACCUGCAGGGCCGCGCCCGCGUGGAUGAGUACCUGGCAUGGCAGCACACGGCCCUGCGGAGAAACUGCCUCCGGGCCCUGUGGCAUAAGGUGAUGCUCCCUGUUUUCCUGGGUGAGCCGGUAUCUCCCCAGAUGCUAGCAGCCACUCUGGCAGAGUUGGACGAGACCCUGCAGUUGCUCGAGAACAAGUUCCUCCAGAACAAGGCCUUCCUUGCUGGGCCCCAGAUCUCCCUGGCAGACCUGGUAGCCAUCACAGAGCUGAUGCAUCCCGUGGGCGCUGGCUGCCAAGUCUUCGAAGGCCGACCUAAGCUGGCUGCAUGGCGGCAGCGCGUGGUGGCGGCGGUGGGAGAGGAGCUCUUCCGGGAGGCCCAUGAGGUCAUUCUGAAGGCCAAAGACUCUCCCCCUGCGGACCCCGCUGUCAAGCAGAAGCUGAUGCCUGGGAUGCUGGCCAUGAUCCGGUGAUCUGGGAUGCCUCAGCUUGCACUGCCCACUGCAGUUCUCAAAGCACCUUCGUUUCUAAUGCCCCAUGGGAGGCAGGCUCAGCGAGCAGGAGUGGCUUGUCUGAAUCUUGCCUGAGUCUCAACGGGGCUCCCCAGGCCAGAGGUCCACCCCUACCCUCUUCCACAGCUGCCUCACAGCCACAGUAAUGAUGCACACCCAGAUCUUAUCUCCCUUAAUUGCUGAAUUUCGUUUUAAAUUUGUAUAAUAAACCUGGGCUCAGCCUGAGCCUCUGCUUCUAACUCUGA